AUGCAGGCUGCGCAGCGACCAGAGACUCUUGGUAGAAAUCGGAAGCAAAGAAGAGCUGCUAUCGCGUACCUCCGGGGUUUGCAGAAGCAAGCCUAUAAUUGGCAGCGUGCUACCGGCGUGAAGCGCUCACGAGAUGAUAGUUUUCGUUCCGAUGGCGAUCUUGAUACGGACCAUCCGGUGGAUGAUUUCGGCGCUGCCGAGCAGCUUUUGGGCCCCCGGCCCGGAAGAUCCUCAGAAUCAGCUGACAUCGACCUCUCUUGCAAUAUCUGGACAAGCCCCUUCACACUACCUACAACAGUUUUCAAAGAUGCUCACCAGGAACAGCGAAAAUGGAUUUGGUUAGCUCCAGCAUCGCCAUGGUCUCUCACAGCCCGACUGAUUGUCAUGAUGACCGAGAUAUUCGAUCAAAGCUCGGCCAAGGACCCUCCUCAGCUGUACCUGGACGGAGAUAUAUAUCCCUUCGCAUGGGAUCAUGCCUCGGUCUCCGGCCCUAUAGACACGAGUGAUCUACCUUCCCUUGAUUAUGCUCUCUAUCUAUAUCAGAUUGUACAGUUUCGCCUUGGCCAGGCAUAUAGAUUUUUUGAGGAAGACUCGUUCAUCAAAUACCUUCAUAGAUUCUACGAGACUCGCCCAGAUGCAAAAGCGACGGAGCCUCGCUUUUUGUUUGUUCAGUUCCUCUUGGUUCUUGCACUUGGUAAUGCGUUCAUCGCACGGCCUCGUAACAAGACGGAUCCUCCUGGGUCAAAAUACUUUUUGCGGGCAAUGUCAGCUAUGCCAACGAAUAUAUCGACAGGGAAAAACAGUUUGUUUGCAAUCGAGGCUCUGGCAUUGGUCGGACUAUACUUGUAUGCGAUCGACCACAGGGAGGCGGCUCAUGUGCAUGUUGGCCAUGCUAUAAGAAUAGCCCAACUAGAAGGGAUGCACACUCAACUUCCCGAAGAUGUGCUAGGGGACGCAACUGUGACCCGAUGUCGAAACCUCUGGUGGUCACUAUAUAUCAUGGACCGCCAUAUCUCUCCGUCUCUGGGCCUUCCAAUGGCACUCCAAGACAGCGAUAUCACUACACUGAUUAACUCGCCAUUGACGAGCCGGCAAAAUCUUACAUUCAGUCUCCAAGUGAGGAUCACGAGGAUGCUUUCAUUUAUCAUCGGCACCAUAUACAAAACGGAGAAAACCCAGCUGGUAGCCUUUCUGGAUAUUACUCGCAGUAUAUUGGAGACUAUGGCCAAAUACGCAGAAGAGAUCGAGAACAUGAUCAAUACUAACUUCCAUGGUUCUGGAGACAAUUUGCCUGAAGAGACAUGCCACACGAUUCUUCUAUAUCACCAAUGCAUUAUUGUCGCCACCAGACCGCUACUACUUUCUGUACUCAAAGAAAGGCUAGAGAAGCUAGGUCGAGCAGAAGAGGAUUGGCAGAAGUUUCUGGUUCUUCCAAGAUCCUUGAUCUCGAUUGGCAUUAAAUCCGCAGGGAAAACUCUUCAGAUAAUAGGCAAUGAGAAUGGCUUACUAGAAACAUUUUUGCCAUUUGACCAUGAAAUGACAUACGCUGCUGCUCUUCACUUGACAAUGGCGAAUGCGCUCUUCCCCUCCAGCAUGCAUGGCCGGUCAUACAGUAAGCAAGCACACGACAUUUUAGACGAAUUGAUUAAUUGCGGGAAUCGGGUGGCCCACGCCCGAAAGCAAGAACUGAGUCGCAUUGAAGGCUUGCUUCAGGAGUUUGCCAGAAGAGUUGAACAAGCGGGUCUUCGAGUCUUGACUCUAUCUGACCCGACAGUGUCAGACAUCACACCUUUAAUUAUACCGCAGGGGAUACAGCUCGGCGGAGCUCCAGGGGCAAAUACUGGCAUUGUAUUUCAGCCAUCCCCAAGAGAUAAUCAGUCGGGUCCGGCACACCCGUCUGCUACCGCUAAUGUUGAUUUCUUGGAAAGUAUUGGCAUUUCAUCUUACGAGUUUCUGUCUGUUCUUGACCAGAUCAAUCACCCAGAGAUAUAUUCUGGAGAAUUUGGUAUGGAGCCAGAUUGGUUGGGAGGGGAAGAUGUCACAGUCACAGACUCAUUCAGCUGA